AUGUCCACGGGCACAACCCCGCCUCAGACUCCGCCUCAUACCCCGCCUCAGAGAGAUCCUCUAGAGUUCUUCGGGCAUACGGUUGGUCAUACUGCUCUGCCAUACGAUCGUCAAGACGAGUUCAACGCCGUCGAGUCUGCGCUACCUCCGCAGUCUACCCCGGUAAAAAAGGGCGGUAAUCCAGAGGGUAACUCGGAGUUAAAAGUCGAAGACACCAAGAUUAUGGCAGACGAGGAACUACGUGGAUAUUGCGCCCCCAACAUAUCUGGCCUACUUGAACUCAUAUUUCCUGACAUCGCCCUUCCUUGCCCACUCGACGCCCUAUAUCGACACGUAUCCAAACGUGGAGGCAAAUACAAGAGUCCGUCAACGGAAAUCAGGAGGCAAAGAUGGCGAAUUUCCUGA